AUGUCGAAAUUAUUGCCAUUAUUUAUUGAAGGAGAAGUAGUAAAAGGAUUUGGAAGAGGUUCUAAGGAGUUGGGCUGUCCAACAGCCAACUUUUCACUUGAGGUGGUGCAAUCGCUACCCAAAGGCCUAGAGCCAGGAGUAUAUUAUGGGUGGGCUCAAGUGGAUUUCCAGACAGUCCACAAAAUGGUGGCAAACGUCGGUUGGUGUCCCUUCUACCAAAACAAAGAAAUGUCCGUUGAAGCCCAUGUAAUGCACAAAUUUGACAAUGACUUCUAUGGUUCCCAUUUGAAAAUAUGUGUCAUUGGAUACUUACGACCAGAGAAAAAUUUUAGUUCAUUAAAUGACUUGAUUGAAGCUAUUAAAAAUGACAUAGAGACUGCUGACAAGAAACUAGAGGAAGAAGAAUCAAGGCUUUUGAAGGGCCAUAAGUUUUUUAACAAGAACAAUAACAGUUGCGCU